AUGCCCGAACACCUGAAACUGUUCUGUCUUGUCAGCGGAGAUUCCGUCUCAAGAGUAUUCCCGGUCAAGGUCCCCUCGGAUGACACCGUCAGUGACCUCAAAGAGCUCAUCAAGGCCAAGAAGGCUCCCGAGUUGGACGACAUUGCGGCUGACAAUCUCACGCUCUGGCACGUCUCUAUUCCGCUUACGGAUGGCGACGAUGAGCAUCCAGUCAUCCUCGACACUCUGAAUGAUAAGAAGAAACUCCGCCCGGCGACUGAUCUUUCCGAAGUAUUCAGUGAGGAGAUACCCAGAAAGACCGUCAACAUCCUUGUCCAACGUCCCCAACCUGAGUUCCCCGCUCGCGCCGCUUCACCCCUUGGUCCUCCCAUUUCUCUCGAAAAAUGGCAAGAACUUAUUGAAAAGACUGAAGGCGACUUCUUCACACCUGGCUCGAUCAAGUACACGGUCCUCGUCCGGUUCGUGAAAGGCGAUGCGAAGCUUCCGACAACAGAAGGAAUACUGGGCGGUCUGCCCUGUAUUUAUCCCCGCGCAGGCAUGAAAGCGAACCGGCUCAGUCUCUUAUUCCUAAAUCUUCCAGAAUCGUCCGAGACACAGGAGCCUCCCAGUACUGCCGGCAAAGCGCUCGUGAGGAUUCAUGGACGAGCGAUUCCUCUGUUAUCGUUUUUUGGUGUUACUGGAUGUGGAAAAACGAGGACGGCGAUUGAGAUGCUCUGCAAGCAAUGGGGCUUUUAUUUUUAUGGAAGUCGCUCAGACUGGGGCUCCAGCGAUCUCUACAAACUUCUUAAACUAGUCCGAACCAGGGAUCGAUACAAAACUUUCAGCGUGGAAAGCAACACGCAUGUCCACGUUCUGGCGCUGGCCCUUAUCCUCGCGCGCCUCAUGACCUUGCACCACUGUCUCGACAUCUCGGAACGCGAGAAUGUCAGAUUUACGUGCAAGCGAUGGAUGCUGUUGCAAGUCUCCUUUCAAUCAAUGGACAUUGGUGACGUCUUUACCAGUCUAUUUGAACUGAUUGCCAGCCAUAUCCGCAAUCAUUAUGUCGACCAUGGAUUCAUGGCGACGUUGGUCCGUGAACGAUUCUCUGAACUACGCCAGCGUCUUGUGAAUUACACGCCAAACAAGACUUUCCGUGACUCUGCUUACAAGAUUCUAAUUAUUGUUGACGAAGCUCAAGAACUCAGCAAGGAGAUUUUUGGAACCUACCUCUCAGGACAUGCACCUUCGGGAUUUGCGCCAAAGAGCGCCGCCAUCGCCGCACAAGAGGACUACAAGCGACCGGUCCUCUCUCCUUUUACCCACGGAUUGUACCAAACUGCCUCGGACGAGAGUCAAAUUUGCGUGAUACCUUGUGGGACUGGCCUCAGCAUUUUCGAUAUGAAGUGGCUCGACGGCUCAGCUCCUGGCCCCAAAGGCUACGUAGAUCAGCUUGGACCAUUUACCGAUUUCGUAGGUUGGGAAUCACUCGAACAGGUACGGGACUACCGUGAUCUUGUGCGUAGCGCGUUACCGAAUCAGGAAGCCAGGAUAAUCUUCGAUGCGCAAGUACCAGAAACAUCAAUGCAAGAGCUCUUUGACAGCUUCCGCGGGCGGUUUCGACCAAUCGUUUCCACUAUUGAGCGCAUGAUCAUACUCAAGCCUGGCAUCAGUGGAAUCGAUUGGAAAUCGGCGAUCAAAGAAACAGAGGAUACGUUAACGUCAACAGAUUCCCGAUAUUACUACAGAGGAAAUAUUACUCACGACAUAUCGCGGAUGAUCGCCAGAGUUCACACAUUCGAGUCGCGAUACGCAAAAUAUCAAAAUAUACGGUCCACCCUCCAGCUCUUUGUGUUGGAACACUAUCUGCAUGGGCGUCCCGUGCUUAUCAACAGUGAGGAGGCACCGCUGGUAGAAGCUUCUGUCGGGAGAAUCUUGCAUUUUGGCGAAGAAACAGCGACGGUUCUAGAUGAACCAUUUGCAUUGCGUGCUGCCGUGAACUAUUUCCGCAAGGAGGACCCUGACUUUUACAGUGCGAUCUAUACUCUGUUCCGUUCGGCACCAAACGCGUCCGUCCAUGGGCACACAUGGGAGACGGCAGUGCAACCUAGCCUGGUUCACGUUUUCCACGACAAGGUCCUGUCCAAAACAGCUCUAGUUGCGAAAAUGAAGUCCUACGAUGACCUUCUGGAUCACACAGCCAAGAUUGUUGGAAAGGACGAUGCACCUAUGCUUGGGAUCGACUAUAGAAGUAUGUCACUAGAAGAGUUUCUGGCGGUUCGUGUCGAGAAUGGUUCACUCAAAGAUGGGAAGCCGGUUCCGCCGUUUUACCAUCCUGCCGAGAUACCCUCAGGACCUGACAUUGUGUUUGUUCUCCAUUUCGAUAACCAUGGCUACUGUCCUGUGUUUAUUCAGUUGAAGAUGCGAACUUCCAUGAACAAAUCACAAACCCAGAGUGCGUUCACAACGGUCAAGACCGAUGGGGUUCAGGGUCAUCUCGGAGAGAUCAUGCUCCAAAGGUUUUGUACCGUUUCUCCUAAACGGUUCCUCGAAAUUGUUAUUGGUUAUCCAAUUGAGCUGAGAGACAUCGAGGACUUAUUUCCCACGGGUAAACAAAGCGAGCGGAUUCGCACAGCGCAACCCUCCGAGUGCAUUUUGCUCAGGAUCAACAAGAACAACAUACACAGCCUCUUCCCAAAACGCCAUAUGGAGGCACUGGAUCGCCUAAAGAGCAUUAAGCGAGAACUGAACCAAGACAGUGAUUAUCUGGUGGACCAAUGGGCAGCAAAACAACGUCAAUAUGAGGAUGAUGAAUCCCAUAUGGGCUAUAGCUAA